AAAACAGCGCAACUUCAGGGCAAACAUAGUCAGUCUGUCCAAGUUUGUCACAGUCUGUCAGUGUGUGUACACGAUGUCGGUAAAACGGAUGAAACCGCGUGUUUACUUGACGCUCCAACAACGGCACGACAUUUUACAACAAAUAGAAGUUGGCGUUCCAAUGAUACAAUUAGCCAACGAUUACAAUGUCAACAGCAUGACUAUACGGCGUAUCAGGUCGAAUGCAGCCCAGAUACGGCAACAAUCGCAGCUAAUGGGAAUUAAAAAUCAGAAGAAGUUUCGGAUGCCAGUGCUGCGUCAGUUGGAUAUGCGUUUGUACGCGUGGUAUUUACAUCGGCGAACGAUAGACGAUCACGUUACCGAUUCGAUGUUACAAGCGAAAGCGAAGGAAUUGAACGAACAAUUCGGUGGUCCGUCGUCGUUUACGGGAUCCAGAGGCUGGAUAUGGAGGUUUAAACGUCGGCAUGGCAUCAAUCCCCCUAAAUAUCAUGACGAGUGCACCAAUAACACGGGGACAGAAGGAGACUUUCCCUGGAACUCUUUACAGCAGAUGGAAGAGGAUGAGAUGGAGCUAGAAAAUUUUUACAAUAUGAACGAAAUGGACCUGGCGUGGAGAGUUGUUCCACGGAAGACGUUAGAAGAGAAGAAAGUGUUUAAACAUAGAAUGACGACGCAUCGGCUGGAUUCGAUCGAAAUGCAAAAUCUUUCGUCGUUGGUCACGUACGAAUACGAGAGAUCGAGAGAUCUGAUGAACUGUCGGAACCGAUUGCCCGUUGUUUUCAAGGCUCGCAGGAAUAUUUGGACAGAUCGGAACGAGUUUGCAGAUUGGUUUGAGAAUUACUUCAAACCAGCCGUGAGGAGACACCAGAUCCGAAGGGGUGCCGGCGGUAAGGUGUUCCUUUUAUUAGAUAAAUGUAGAAUUAAUGUACUACCACCCCCAUUGAGAAGGCAGGACGAUAUCGAACUCGUAUAUUUUUCGACGAACAUGGCGGGUCCACCAACAGGCCAAGAAAUAGUGGAGAGGACAAGAAGAUCCUUCGGUCGCAUUAUGUUGCGGAAGAUCUUAGAAUUUCCUGACGGGGUAGUGGAAUUUUAUGGGAAUUACUAUGUGAGAGAUUGCGUCAGUUUGAUCAACGAGAUCUGGAUAGAUACAAUACAGAUGAGUAUAUGUAAAUCGUGUAGCAAAUUACUGGCAGAUACAGCAACUAAGGAACAAAAGACUGAGGAAGAAGAAAACCAAAUAAACACUUCUCGAGUUGCGUUAGAUAAACUUGUUGGAAACCAGAUAGAAAAUAAGUUAGUUAGUUCGAGAAUUACAGACACGGCGAGAACAAGAAAAACUAUUUAUCGAAAUCAAACGACAGAACGCAAUGCGUUAGCUACUCUCGACAUUAUCGACGUAGCACGAACUAUCAAAACAGAGCCUGUCCCUCGAGAUGAGAUCGAAGAAUGCAACAUGACGGACGUUACCGACAUUUCGGCUACGCUGGGAAGAAUUAAAGUUGAGACCUAUCCUCUAAGUCUGAGGGAAGAAUGCGACAUGCCUGUAACGGUAGGAAGAAUGAAAGUAGAGGCCUUUCCUUUAGACGUGAUGGAAGAGAACGACGACACGCGAGACGUUACGGAAAUUCCAAUUGCAGUGGACAAAAUCAAAGUGGAGGCUUUCCCUUUAGAUGUAACGCGAGAAUGUGUGAUAAGACCAAUUAAAACUGAACCUAUCCCUCAAGAUGAAACCGAUGAUUGCGAUAUAGACGUUACGGAAAUUUCAAAUAGUGCGAGGCGAAUAAAAGUAGAGACUGAUCCUCUGAAUCAGAUGGACUAUUGCGAAAUUCCAAACACAGUGGGAAGGGUGAAAGUAGAGCCCGUUCCUCGCGAUCGAAUGGAAUAUCGCGAUACGUUGGAUAUCACUGAAAUUUCGAACACGGUGAGACCAAUUAAAUUGGAGGUUGUCAAUCGAAAUCGGAGAGACGAACGCGACGUGUCGAUUAUUCCCGAUAUUACGAGCACGGUAGAGAGAGUCAAAGUGGAGGGUGGCUCUGAAAAUCGUGUAGACAGGAUUGUAGGGAAUGACGAUGACUUAGAUAUAGAGUUCAAUAACGUGAAAACAGAUGACGAGUAUUUCCUGGAGCCUGACUUGGACGAGGAGCAGACAAAAAAGAUGUUUUCCAGUUUAGCACUGUGGUCGCAAGAUCAACCGAGUUUUAUACAAUUGCAGUUCGUUGCUGAGCAAUUACUACUAUCGGAAUACAGGGAGUACCAGACCCACCAUUUAAUUUUAGAAAUAACGUUCAUUUUAGAGAGUGGAAUUCGCCCCCAUUAAUGUUUGUUUCUUCAGCUCAGGCGGAUACCAG